GGGCAGGUAUGUAGGAGAGAUGUGAGAGGCGGUGCGUAAACAGAGUGGGCGAAGAUGGCGUCGAGCAAGAAGAGUGGUGGGAAUAGCAGACUUGAGAAAAAUGUGAAUGGAAGACGGUCGUCGAAACUCAAAGAAGGUCCAGUGGUCUCAACUGGUGACACUGACAGGACGCACCUGAACAGAGAGGAGACAGACAAGGACAGAGGCUUGAACUCAGACACCGUGAUGGAUACCAAGGCAGUGUUUACGGCCCUUUACAGCGUAUGCGAGGAGAAUGCCACUUUCUUCUCAGGAGGGGCCAAGGGGUCGCAGGGAGAUGCGGCACGGCGGCUGGUGGAUGUCAUGAAUCUGAUCCAGGAGCACGCUCGCAGUCUGGAGCCCGUUAUCUACGGCUUUGCUUCAGUUUACCAUCAUUUUGACUUUGACCCACACAUACCUGCUAAUGGCUACCGCUCACUUGUCAAGGUGGUGCGCUGCUGCCUUCUCCACAUCAUCCAGAAGGGGCGCUACAUCACCGCCAACCGCCGCAGCAUCUUCUUUCGCGUAGCACACAAUGCGGGGGAGAUGGAGGCCUAUUGCAAUGCUCUUUGCCAGCUGCGAGCCCUGCUCUACCUGGCUCAGCGCAUGUUGCAUGACAACGGCCACGGCAACCUUUUCUUCCAGGAUGAAAGUGGCCUCAGCGAGAGUUUUGUCCGCGAAUACUCAUCCAUGCACAAGGGGUGCUUCUACGGCCGCUGCCUUGGCUUUCAGUUCACUCCAUCCAUUCGACCCUGUCUCCAGACCAUCGCUAUCAGCCUUGUGGCCUUUGGAGAAAACUACAGACGCCAUCAGACAGGAAUAGGUGUAGCAGCCAGCUCUUUCUUUAACUCAGGGAAGUAUGCCAUCGACCCAGAGUUAAGAGGCGCAGAAUUUGAACGCAUCACCCAGAACCUGGACGUCCAUUUCUGGAAGACCUUCUGGAACAUCACUGAGACCGAAGUCCUUUCUAGUCUUGCCAGCAUGACAUCCACUCAAGUUAAGGUGAACCGGGCUCUUUCUGUGCCUACUGUGCCCUUUGACCUUCCCCUGGCAGCCAACCACAGAGCAUCUGUAACCAUAGCUCCGCCGUCCGCGCACAUCGGCACGGCUCCCGUUCAGAUGAGGCUCAUCUCUUAUGACUUACGUGAAGGACAGGACAGCGAGACGCUGCUAUCUCUCUCCCGCUCUGAGGGGGGGCCCAUCUCUCUGUCGCUGGGGCUGAAGACCAAACGUCUCCCAUCGUCUCCCUGCCUCCUGAUCCACUUCCAUGGAGGAGGCUUCGUGGCCCAAACCUCCAAGUCCCAUGAGCCCUAUCUGAAAAGCUGGUCCCAGGACCUGGGUGUUCCCAUCUUGUCUGUGGACUAUUCUCUGGCCCCUGAGGCCCCCUUCCCAAGGGCCCUGGAGGAAUGUUUCUAUGCCUACUGCUGGGCUCUGAGAAACCACCACCUACUAGGUUGGACCGGAGAGAAAGUGUGUUUGGCCGGUGACAGUGCGGGUGGCAACUUGAGUGUGACGACAUCGAUGCGCGCUGCCGCCUUUGGCGUGCGGAUGCCAGAUGGCAUCGUGGCAGCCUACCCGGCUACCCUGCUGACCGCCUACGCAUCGCCCUCCCGUCUGCUAACGCUUAUGGAUCCCCUGCUGCCACUCAGUGUGCUCUCCAAGUGUCUCAGUGCCUAUGGCAAUGACCCUGAAACAGAGGCGCAGGUAGAGAAAGUGAGCACGCUGAGCCUGGUGAGGCGAGACACGGCGCUGCUGCUUAAAGAUUUUCGACAGGGAGCCUCCAACUGGAUCCACUCUCUGCUGGAUCCCAACAGAGCCUCAGCCCCUCCCAGCACAGCUGCAGAGGCACCACCAGGAGCCACUGACACGGUGAGGAAGAGCAUUUCAGAGGCGUCCAUCUCUUCUCCCCACGCCGACCCACCUGUACCACGGGAGCCGUCAGAAAUCCCUAGCAGGAAAUUAUCUGUGAAGAGCCAGACUUGCCAGGACUUGGGAUCCAACAGCAAUUCCAUCUCUCACAGUGCACCGCUGCUUUCUGCGCGCACCCCAGAAGAUGUGAAUUUCUUCCUCAACAAGGAUGCAGAUCCCUCCUUUACCAGCGACCUGUCUUCAGUGGCCAUACCACCCCCUGCUGGAGAGGAGGGACUGGAUUCAGAGCACCCAAGAGAGUUUCCCCUGGGGUUUGAGCCACUGCGCUCAGAGAAGCUUGCCGAGAUGAGGGUGGAGAGCUCUCCAGUGGUUAAGGAUCCUUUCUGUUCUCCUCUGCUGGCUCCGGAUAGCUUGCUGAGAGGGCUGCCACCUGUACAUAUAGUGGCUUGUGCAUUAGACCCCAUGCUGGAUGACUCUGUGAUGUUUGCCAAGCGCUUGAGGAACAUAGACCAGCCUGUCACUCUGUGCAUUGUGGAUGACCUCCCCCACGGCUUCCUCAGCCUAUCGCAGCUCUCCAAGGAGACGAGGGAGGCUGCCAACGUCUGCGCGGAGAGGAUCCGCGCCGUCUUCACUCAGGCGGACACACCUCCGGAGCCACGCAAGCACCGCAAGCUGGAACGGACCGAUAGGGGUGUGUCGGCCUCUUCUGGGGAAGCCAGUUCUCUCUUCGCCGACCCCAUUGUGGGAGUGGAGUUAACUGCUGGGAGAGGGGCUAAAAUUGCUGAUGGGGAGGACUUAGUUGAUGUGGCAGCGCAGAAUAACACUGAUGCUGGUGGUAUUGGGCCUUAAAGAUAAAAAAAGGACUGCAGUUACCCAAGGAGUGAAGGGAAAAAGAGUAAAUGAAAGUCAGAUAGAUUUAGGCAAUGCAAUGCCUAAAAAGGAGAGAGAGAGAGUAUCCUAAAGAACAGAAAAGGGGGAGCGGGGCAUUCUCCGUAAUUGCCCAGAUUUUGAGAGACAAAAAAAAAAAAAAAGAGGACCACUAAAAUACAACUCCUUCCUCUGCUUUACAGUUCUUUCCACUUGUCUGUACACCAUCAUGCACCGACGCAAAUCUGACAGACAAAACGAACACACCCACAAAAGACAGUCUCGUUUAAGAAUAAAAUUUAGCAGCUACUUAGAUCAAAGACCAGCACUCGCCCACACACGCACAACACACAUACUUAACGGAGUUGCCGUUAGACAGCGGAGGCUCGGACAUAAACCUCGCAGAGGAUUCUUGAGACGAAGCCUGAAUGGGUAAUUCAUCUGAGGCCCUAAUCAGACAGUGGUAGGAACACUAUAUGCCUCUGUAUGGAGUCAUUCCCAUCAAAAUGGCCACUUGUCCUUUAGGGAGGCACUCUAAAUCACACUUAAUAACUCCACAUUGUGUUCUCCAUUACGCCAGUUUGGCAGUCAAUACAGCUCACUUUGUGGAUGGUAACUCUGUUGACUCUCUCCCAAAUCGAAUUACAGAGCUAAAACACAACAGACUGAAAGGCUCUAAACUGGAUGAAUCGAAUGACUUGUUUCUUGAUAUUCUGUUGAAGUUUUUAAUCAUAUUAUUAACCCUAUGCAUAACCAUUACUUUUCUUAUUUAUAUUUGUUUUCUAUUGCUGUAUUUUAAUCCCUGAAUCAUCAUAGAUUUGUCUGUUGAUUUGUACACUAGGCCUAUAUUGUUUUGUUUAAUGUAAACUCGUGCUGUUUAUUCCACAUUUGUGAAUGUGCUCAAUAUUUACCUCUGCUUCUUUGGCACAGCUGCUCCGGCCUUUUCCAAUUAAUCUCAUAUCCUACUCCCAGUAAUACCUCCUGACAGGAUGAAGUAAAUGUAGAAUAUCACACAGGGACAUGGUGCCCUAUCCAGAUGCUGCCUGGUGCUUUUUUACAGUGCUCAUAUUGUUAAUGCAAAGAAUGCAUUUUAUUGAUCGCUACAGUGAAAUUUGUGGCGAUGCACUGUGAUGCAUUAUUUUCUGAAAAUGAGCACAUAUUUGGAAACGUGAGUCCCAUCUUUGUAAGUUAUUUAAAAACACUCCCAGCUCUUAUAUGUCUGAAAGAAGCAAAAAUGUUGGUAUGUUUAUGGUAAGACAGGAAACAGUUGCUUGAUAUUUCCCUUCCCCAGAACUAAAGUUAGAAGGAAAGGGGCAGUGAAUAGCCCAUGCUCAGCUGUCAGAUAUACAUUUUAAACACCACUGCACUGAUUUCCUGUCUCAUUGUUCUGUUCAUGGCCAGGCGUUAUUGCUCACAUUACUUCCCUGCGCAGUAUGCAGUGUGUCAAAGUACCACUGUUUCCCGCCUGACAAUCUGUCUCAACAAAUCAGAAGCUUUUAGGCAAAGCUCUAAGACCUUGAGCACGAAAAGAGGUUGCAUGAAUGCUGUGUUAAAAGCCACUUGAAAGUGGCGGGUGGUCCCGAUUUCUUUGCUCCCUCACAUUUGGGGCUGACUUUGUUUUCGAUAACCUGAGGACACUCCUGAAUGUGUUGCAACCGACGCACACAAAAAUGUCCUUCCGAGGGUCAUUCCCUUGAUCAGGUCCAACUAUAUAUAGAUGCCAACAAUGCUGGCACUGUCCUGCCCUUGCCUGGUAACAGGGCCAGGGUUGCCAGGUCUGCUGUGUGAUGAAUAGGAUUUAGCUGAAGCUCCGAGUGAAAAAUCCCCCCCCCCCCGUAUAAGAGUAGGAUUUUCAGUAGCAAAGUCAUGCUACGGGAUUAGACCACGCUCAGUCCUGUCAGCUCGCAGUACUUACUGCAAUAUUUUUAGUCAGAUUGAUGGAAAGAACCACGGCCGUGAAGAAAGUAAUACACUCAUCCUCUCAGAUGCCGGCCUGAAGUUUGUACUUGCUUUACUAGCCGCUGUUUAUGCUCAGUCUGCACUUUCGUAGUUGAUUUGUCGAUCCGUGCAAGUGUAUUUUAAGCUUGAGCUUGUGUACAUGUUGUUUUUUUGUCUUUCUCUACUCGGUGCCUGUAUGUGUGUCUGCAUGUGCUCAUUCACAGGAUCACACCGGCCUCUGUGUGUGAGAAACAUGAGCUCAUACUCAUACUGGGCACGUCCCCUUUGUUUGUGUUGUAUGUUCACAUAAAUGGCACUUUACAGUCAAGAGGCUAUUCAUAGUAUUAACGGUCAUCUUGUUGAUCUUGUAGCCUCUAUGGGACAACGCUUUAUGUCUGUGGUAUACCUCGACAUGGCUCCUUCAUCAGUACUGAAACACCCAGCAGGGUUGUUUGAUCAUUAGCACUUUGUUGUUUAAAUUAUGUGAGCUACUAGAAACCUUAAAAAAAAAAAAGUGUCAAAUGUUUUGCUGUUUGCGACCUCUGUAUGCCUCUUACCCUUGAUGACCACUCGUGCAUCAGGCUAUCCUGAGUGCAGGUGAUGGACCAGAGAGCCCAUCUGGUGCUUUGCUCAGAUGAGUUUCCAUAUAUGGGUCAGUGUUACCUUUUAGUUUCCCCCUAAUUCCCAGUGUUUUUUAUGGUUCGGCUGGGGGUUAUAUGCUGCCUGCAACUUGGACGAAAAUUCAGUUUUGUUUCAUUCAGUGUUGCUGCUUCGUAGAGUGUCUGAGCAAUAGAACAACUUUAUAAUCACAGAUUGUCCUUGCGAGCACAAACUAUCUGUAGUACUUCAGUGUAAUGUUGCUUUUUGUUUGUUUUUGGCUUGUUUAAUUAUCAGGUUGUACAGCAUACCUCUAGGGUUUCGCUCUUCUCACUUGAGAUUUUCGUUGCCCUAGGACUCUCAGUGAUGUGCAAUGCAAAGUGCAACGCUGCUACAAACAUGAGCCAGCUGCUUCAAUGAUUAGGUCUUAGAUGAAGCUAUGCAGUUAAACACCAGCAUCGCAGUGUUUUUUUUGUUUUCAUGGUAUACCUUUUUUCAUUCAGAAAUGUGGUAAUGCUUCUUUACCUUUGUGCAAUGUGUUUGAACCACCUCAAGGUUAAUAGUUACCAUACAAACCUAUACACCACAACACUUAUUUUAAAAUAGAUUUACCAAGAUACCUAAUUAUUUCCGAAAUGCAUCAGUGCGUUAGACUGACCUCACUGCUCCUCAGAAGUGUUUCCUAAACAGAUAUACUGGAUAGUCCUCCUAUAUUAAUUACGCUUAGAGUUUCAAAGCGGAACCAAAGACUGCAGCCAGCGUCUUGUAACAGAUGUGCUGUCUAUGCCGUUUAGUGUUUGCUGUUAAAUGAUAUUAUUGAAAAUGCAGGUGCUAGCCAGUGUCAUAGCAGGUCUGCGCUCCAUAUGCAAAUCGCUGCACACUGUAAAAAUGCUCAGUUCAGAUGUAGAAUAUGAUUAGAUUAAAAAAAAGAAAAAAGAAAAAAAGCCAUAGACUGGAAACAAGCUGUUUUUACAUUUAUUGUUUUUGUUUUUACUUUAUUUUUAUUUUCCGUUAUUCAAAACACCAUAAGUGCAAACCUGUGAACAAAAAAAAAGAAUGUAUAAACAUUAUAUGACUCAUGUAGAUAUUUUUACAUUUAGAUUUGUUCCUGAUUGAUUGCUGAUUGAUUGAUUUGACUGCAUUUUUCUUUGCAGGUUUCAUACUAGAAUGUCUGAUCUGCCACAAGUAGACUUGUUUUCUUCUUUUGAUGAUUUUUAUCAAAAUAAAUAUAUUCUCCCAUGAA